UCCCAUUCAUGCCCAUCAUGUAGCAGCCCCGCCCACUCUGCGACACCUCCGCCCCCGCAGCGCGAUCUGCGCCAGUUCCGCGGUCGGACCUGGGGACCCGCAGCCGGCUCCGCUAUGGUGAAGCUCCGGGAUAAGGUGGCGGCGAAAGCAGCCGCACGAACGGCUCCGGACGCGAAUGUCGUGAAGGACGGGGAGGGCCCGGAGGGCGAAGCGGUGUCCCGGGCCAUGACGCCAAGCAGCAGCGUGGAGUUCGCGGAAGCCCGGCGGAGACUGCUGGAGUUGGAGCGGCGGCAGCGCCGGGUCCGGGAGCUGGAGGUCAGCCUGCAGCAGCUGCACGAUAUGCUGGUGCGGGCCGAGCAGGAGGCGGUGGAGCACGGGGAGCUGGUUAAUCGGAUCCGGCUUAGAGCUCAACAGGGAGAGGUUGGACUGGCCGCCCGCAGCCAGAGCAUCAAAUCCCGCCUGAAAUGUAGGGGACACCGGACGCCCUUCCUGGUCGCCGCCGCCUUACGGCUCCGCGGCUGUGUCCCCUGGGCCAGUAAAUGAAGAUGAGAACUGAAUGACCGGCGGCAUUGCGCUAUGGGUCCCCCGAAUCCUAUCGACAUUCAGAAUGUAAAUCAAAUCGAAAAAUAAAUGUAUUUAACGC